UUCCAUGGCUACGAAGCCCAUUAAGGUGGGACAGUAAGAAAAUGAAGCUCAAGAGCCUCUUGAUUCGGUAUUACCCACCAGGAAUUAUGCUGGAAUAUGAGAAAGGUGGAGAGUUAAAGACCAGAUCCAUAGAUUUGCUUGAGCUCAGUCCUAGUACGGAUGUCAACAGCCUGGUAGGAGAGAUCCAGAAAGCAGAGCCUCUCAUCACAGAGUCUCGGACGCAGCAAGUCUGCCUCCUAGUGCAGCGGCUGCAGGAGAAACUGAGGCAGCAUUGCGACCAUAAUUUCCACCUGUUUAAGGUUCUCAGAGCACACAUAUUGCCGCUAGCCAACGUGGCGCUCAACAAAGCAGGCUCAUGCUUUAUCACAGGAAGCUAUGAUCGGACAUGCAAGGUGUGGGACACUGCAUCUGGGGAAGAGCUGCACACCCUGGAGGGCCACAGGAACGUGGUUUAUGCCAUAGCCUUCAACAACCCUUACGGUGACAAAAUUGCCACAGGGUCUUUUGACAAGACCUGUAAACUCUGGAGCACAGAGUCCGGAAAGUGUUACCAUACCUUCAGGGGCCACUCGGCGGAGAUCGUGUGCUUAUCAUUCAACCCUCAGAGUACAGUGGUUGCUACUGGAAGUAUGGACACAACAGCCAAACUAUGGGACAUUCAGAACGGAGAAGAAGUGGUCACUCUAAUAGGCCAUUUGGCAGAAAUCAUUUCCUUGUCAUUUGACACGUCAGGGGACAGAAUCGUCACUGGGUCCUUUGACCACACAGUUGUUGUAUGGGAUGCUAGUACUGGAAGGAAGAUGCACACUUUAAUUGGCCACUGUGCUGAGAUCAGCAGCGCCUUGUUCAAUUGGGAUUGCUCUCUCAUAUUAACGGGUUCCAUGGACAAGACCUGCAUGCUGUGGGAUGCUACGAGUGGGAAAUGCAUAGCAACCUUAACAGGCCACGAUGAUGAAAUACUAGACAGCUGCUUUGACUACACAGGGAAACUUAUUGCAACGGCUUCUGCUGAUGGAACAGCAAGAGUUUACAUUGCAGCCACAAGAAAAUGCAUAACCAAACUGGAAGGCCAUGAAGGAGAAAUCUCAAAGAUCUCUUUCAAUCCCCAAGGAAACCGUCUCCUAACGGGGAGCUCUGAUAAGACAGCCAGAAUCUGGGAUGUGCAGACUGGCCAGUGUCUCCAAGUUCUCGAGGGCCACACUGAUGAGAUAUUUUCAUGUGCUUUCAACUAUAAAGGGAAUAUAGUCAUUACAGGCAGCAAGGACAAUUCCUGCAGGAUAUGGCGUUGACAGAAGGGCUCUGCUGCGAAGCAGGCCUGUUGGCAAUGGUGAUCAAGAACUUGAACCUCCCAGAGACCAAGUGAGCCUAUUUCCUUUACUUCCUCUUCAUGCACCUCACCUAUGGGGCAGCCUGCCCUUCACUUCACGGACAUGACCAUGAAAGCUGAUGAGCUUGCAUCAUUUCUUGAUGCUAUCUGAGGUGAUGACAGGAGCAGGUGUAACACGUGGUAAAUGUCACUAAUUGUUUCUGUUAUGUUUUGUGUUUCAAUAGCACCAGGGUAUUGACAGAUGAAGUCAGAGUGCCUUUACAGCACUUCUCCAAGAUUCUAGAAUCUACUAAAUUGUACCCAAAGGCUGAUG